UUUCAGAAUACAUAAAAUUGGUGAUAAAUAAAUAUAUACAUCCAUCCAUACAUAUAGAUACACAUAUAGAUAUAUAUUUAUAUUAUAUGUAUGUAUGGAUGGAUGGAUAUAUUUCGGUAAUUUUUUUAUUAGUAUAGUAUCGAAAAAUAUUGCUCGGUAUGCAUAGCAAAAGGAUAAGCUCAAAUGCUUUUCGGGUGUACUUCAUUUCCAUUUCCCUCCUCCUCAGCUAUUGGUAGCCAUUUUUUAUCUCGCUUAUCGUUUUGGGGGGUUGAUUAAUUUGCCAUUCCUCACACGAAAAAAGUAAAUUUCAUGAAAACAAAUGCAUGGUUUGUGCAGUUCAUGCAGCAUUUGAUGGACAUUUCACGAGUCGUUUAGUAACCAUUGCGACAGCAGUUCAUUGAUGAAUUUCUGCACACGUCACCCGCAACAACGUACGAUACCCCUGGAAAUCGAUAGCUCAAAGGCACGGAACCGCUACGAUAUUGAAAUCUCACCAGGUCUACAAUAUGAAUUUCAAGCAAUCAUCAUUUAAAAUGAGCACUAUUUUGAAUGUUCUCUGGAUAUUUUGUGAGAUCAAUAAAUUCCGUACUGUUUGGUUCCUUUUUUCUUUCUUAAGACUCCUCCCCCCCCCCCAAAAAAAAGUCUCUAUUAUAGCGACUAGUUGCAAAAGCAGGGUUGAGGAAAGUGAACAUCACAUAAUUAAUCAAAGUAAAGCUGUUGCUUCAGAGUGCAGAUAAACUUAAAACUUUGGGUUAUUUUCUAAGAUUAAAAAAGAGGCUAUUAUUGCUUCUCAAUGCUUGAUGUGGAGCAGUUGAAUUCAAAAACAGUAUCAAUAUUGUACCAUAUAAUAUGGGCUAUGCAGGAU